AAGACUGGUGAAGUAUCACCAACGGCUGCUUAUGAUAUUUAACAAUUUAUGCCAAAAAAAAAUAAACCGUUUUGAUUUUCAUCUAAACGGGAUUAAGGUUAGGCUUUGACCGAAACUUUGCCCUGCCACUUACCACUUGCCCGUUACUCUUUAAAAACUGUCAUUUUAGUGUAUUACGUUAGCUAGUUAAUUGAUUUGUGUCAAUAGAGCAAUGGCUAUCAACUGAAGGGAGACAUUGUUUGUUCUCAGUAUCAGACGACUGUUUCGCGCCCUGUCCCCGACUUAAAGCCAGCUAUUCUCGUUGAAUCAAGCCUAUAAGCAAUUCAUCUUCUGAAGGAGACCCGACGGACUGCACUGAAAUGGGGUAUGGACGGUCGGACAGCUACCGUGUGGCCACCACGCAGGACAAGGAUGAGAAGGAGUCGCCCAAGAAAAAGGGAGGCAAGGAUCUGGAUGACCUCAAGAAGGAAGUUCCCAUAACGGAACACAAGAUGUCUGUCGAGGAGGUUUGCCGGAAAUACAACACUGAUAUCGUCCCGGGUUUGACCAAUGCCAAGGCUGCAGAGUACCUGGCCAGGGAUGGCCCCAACGCCCUGACUCCCCCCCCCACCACUCCAGAGUGGGUCAAGUUCUGUCGCCAGCUGUUUGGUGGCUUCUCCAUCCUGUUGUGGAUCGGUGCCCUCCUCUGCUUCUUGGCCUACGCCAUCCAGGCUGCCACAGAGGACGAGCCCGCUGGGGAUAACUUGUAUCUGGGUAUCGUGCUGUCAGCUGUCGUCAUCAUCACCGGCUGCUUCUCCUACUUCCAGGAAGCUAAGAGCUCCAAGAUCAUGGAGUCCUUUAAGAACAUGGUCCCUCAGCAAGCCCUGGUGAUCCGUGAGGGAGAGAAGAUGCAGAUCAAUGCUGAGCAGGUGGUGGCAGGAGACCUGGUGGAGGUGAAGGGAGGAGACAGGAUCCCAGCUGACCUCCGUAUCAUCUCCUCCCACGGCUGCAAGGUGGACAACUCAUCCCUGACUGGUGAAUCAGAGCCCCAGACCAGGUCACCUGACUGUACCCAUGACAACCCCCUGGAAACCCGCAACAUUGCCUUCUUCUCCACCAACUGUGUUGAGGGAACAGCGCGUGGCAUCGUUGUGUGUACUGGCGAUCGUACAGUGAUGGGCCGCAUCGCGACCCUCACCUCAGGCCUGGAGACUGGCAAGACACCCAUUGCUAAGGAGAUCGAGCACUUCAUCCAAAUCAUCACAGGCGUAGCCGUCUUCCUCGGCAUGAGCUUCUUCAUCCUGUCAAUCGUCCUGGGUUACUCCUGGCUGGAGGCCGUCAUCUUCCUCAUUGGUAUCAUUGUUGCUAAUGUGCCAGAGGGACUGCUGGCUACGGUCACUGUGUGUCUGACGCUGACUGCUAAGCGAAUGGCCCGUAAGAACUGCCUGGUAAAGAACUUGGAGGCUGUGGAGACGCUGGGCUCCACCUCCACCAUCUGCUCUGACAAGACGGGCACCCUGACCCAGAACAGGAUGACCGUGGCCCACAUGUGGUUCGACAACACGAUCCACGAGGCCGACACCACCGAGGACCAGUCUGGCUCCUCCUUUGACAAAAGCUCCGCAACAUGGGUGUCUCUGGCCCGCAUUGCUGCUCUGUGCAACCGUGCUGUGUUCAAGGCUGGCCAGGACACUUUGCCCAUCCUUAAGCGUGAUGUGGCCGGUGACGCCUCAGAGUCCGCGCUGCUCAAGUGUAUUGAGCUGUCCUGUGGCACCGUCAAAGUCAUGAGAGAGAAGAACAAGAAGGUGGCCGAGAUCCCCUUCAACUCCACCAACAAGUACCAGCUCUCAAUUCAUGAAACUGAAGAGGAAGAUGACAACCGCUACCUGUUAGUGAUGAAGGGAGCCCCAGAGAGGAUCCUCGACCGCAGCUCCCACAUCAUGGUGCAGGGCAAGGAGCAGCCCAUGGACGAUGAGCUGAAAGAAGCUUUCCAGAAUGCCUAUCUGGAACUGGGAGGACUGGGAGAGAGAGUACUGGGUUUCUGCCACGUGUUCCUGCCAGAGGAUAAGUAUCCCAAAGGUUUUGCCUUCGACACAGAUGACGUCAACUUCCAGACAGACAACCUUUGCUUUGUCGGCCUAAUGUCUAUGAUUGACCCACCCCGUGCUGCCGUGCCUGACGCCGUGGGCAAAUGCCGCUCCGCUGGCAUCAAGGUUAUCAUGGUGACUGGUGACCACCCAAUCACAGCCAAGGCCAUUGCUAAGGGUGUGGGAAUUAUCUCCGAGGGCAACGAGACAGUGGAAGACAUUGCUGCACGCCUCAACAUACCUGUCAGCCAGGUCAAUCCAAGGGAUGCCAAGGCCUGUGUGAUCCACGGUACAGAUCUGAGAGACCUCGAUGAGGAACAGAUGGACGAUAUAUUAAGGAACCACACAGAGAUCGUGUUUGCCAGAACCUCCCCACAGCAGAAACUUAUCAUUGUAGAAGGCUGCCAGAGACAGGGUGCCAUCGUGGCUGUGACAGGUGAUGGUGUGAACGACUCUCCUGCCCUAAAGAAGGCUGACAUUGGUGUUGCCAUGGGAAUCUCCGGCUCAGACGUGUCCAAACAGGCUGCCGACAUGAUCCUGCUGGACGACAACUUUGCCUCCAUCGUCACUGGAGUAGAAGAAGGCCGUCUGAUCUUCGACAACCUGAAGAAGUCCAUUGCAUACACUCUGACCAGCAACAUCCCAGAGAUCACCCCCUUCCUGUUCUUCAUCUUGGUCAACAUCCCACUGCCUCUGGGCACCAUCACCAUCCUCUGCAUCGACCUGGGAACUGACAUGCCGAUCUCUCUUGCCUAUGAAGCAGCAGAGAGUGACAUCAUGAAGCGCCAGCCCAGAAACCCACUGAGGGACAAGCUGGUCAAUGAGAGACUCAUCAGUAUUGCCUAUGGACAGAUUGGUAUGAUCCAAGCUCUUGGCGGGUUCUUUGCCUAUUUUGUCAUCAUGGCUGAAAAUGGUUUUCUGCCGUCUGAUCUUGUCGGCAUCCGGCUGAACUGGGACGAUCGCUCUAACAACGACCUAGAGGACAGCUAUGGGCAGCAAUGGACCUAUGAGCAGCGUAAGAUUGUGGAGUUCACUUGCCACACAGCCUUCUUCGUCAGUAUUGUGGUGGUACAGUGGGCAGAUGUCAUCAUCUGCAAGACCAGACGUAACUCUGUGUUCCAGCAGGGCAUGAGGAAUAAGAUUUUGAUCUUCGGCCUGUUUGAGGAAACAGCUCUGGCUGCUCUCCUGUCCUACUGCCCUGGCAUGGACGUGGCACUACGGAUGUACCCGCUCAAGCCCAGUUGGUGGUUCUGUGCGUUCCCGUACAGUUUCCUCAUCUUUGUUUACGAUGAGAUCCGAAAACUCAUCCUUCGCCGAAACCCAGGAGGCUGGGUGGAAAGAGAGACUUACUAUUAAACUAUCAAAGCACCAUUUACUUCUCCCCGUCCUCUCUAUCUCCCUCUCUUUCCUCCUUCCCUCCGUCCAUCCCUCCUCUCCUGUCAACAUCCUCAAACUGUACAAGAAAAUGAUGUUUACUCUUCCUCCUCUCCAUCCUCAUCCCCUAAAGAAACAAAAAAAAACACGGCAAGACGACGCUAGGACCAUCGAGGAGGAGGCGAGGAUGGGGGAGGGGGUUAGGGUGUGUAAAUCUUCCCUGUCCUCUCUGUCCCCUUUUUUUCUAUCCAAAGUCUUUACAGCACAAGUCCUGCCAGUAACACUGUUGAGCCGAUGCGUUUUACUGCAGCCCCUCUUCAUAUGUGUACUCACCGCUGUGAAUGAAGAAUAUAAUUACUAGAAUAAAGUCAAAAACGGCUCCCCAGCGAUCACACAACAGCAUGGCAGCUCCCGUCUAGACUACCUGGCUAUUUGAGCGGGUGGGUGGCAUCUCAUUUAUUUUUUAUGGUUUGUUUUUUUCUGCCAGAGAAAAGCCGCCCGGACCCAGCUCCUAAAUCACUGCCAUUUCCUGCCAUUAGCUAACUAGGACUUCUUCUACUUCUUUCCUUCCUUUUCUCUCUUUCUAUUUCUACCUACGCACUGCCAAUCUUCUACUGCCGUCCUCCUCCUCCUCCUCCUCCUCCUCCUCCUCCUCCUUCUCCCCUAUCAAUAAAGAAUCAAUCUCACCAUAAAACUUAAGCCCUCACUCACGCACUCAACAAGGUGGAAAAAAAGGUCACCUCCUCUGACUCCUUCUCUGUCUCCCCUCCAUGUGUUAUUUUUCUGCUUGUGCUGUUGUUGUUUUCUAAUACACGAGUGGGUGUUUUUUAAAAACAAAAUUGUUCAUAAAAGUUUUAUGUUUUCUUUUUUUAAAGCUGGGAGUGGGUCUGAGAGCUGCUUGUUUUCAUUCGGACAUGACUAAGCACACCGUCUCUCCCUCUCUUCUUUCUCUCUCACACUCCUUACCUACGCACUGCCCCCCCCCCCCCCCCCCGUCUAUCUGUCCCUGUUUGUCUGUCUGGUAGUGAACACCGUGCAAACCCUCCGUCCUUGUGAACUUCCACCCACUUUGACUACCUGCCUCCUCUUAUUCUCCCACCUUUCCUCGCCCCUGUUUAAAAAAAUACAAUCUUUAUGUGUCCUCGGAAAAAGAGAGUUCUCUCCGAUUUCAUUAUUUAAAUCUGUGGAAAUAUGAAAUAAGGCACUGUACCUUAACCUGUGAAACAGCAGCAUAACAAAAAAGAAAAUGAAAUAAAAUAGAAGGAUCUCUCUUUUUCAGUUUGGUCUCCAGUUUGUAUUUGUGUGAAGUUUUUCCCAGAAAAUGGAAAUAAAUGCUGUGACCAACUCUUA